AUGAAAUUCUUCGAGAAUGUCUUUACGUACGAUUAUUCCUUCCCUGCCGUCUCACUCGCCUACUUUCUCCGUUACCCGAAUCCGUAUUCUCGCCAUGUUCUGACCACCGAUGUGAUCGACCGUUAUGUGGAUCCGAAGACGGAGCGACUUCAUACAGUUCGUCUCCAUUUGAAGAAGUCAAAGGUCCCGUCGGGUAUUCUGAAAUUACUUCCGAAAGGAAUUGGGGGCUCGGACAAUUCUGGCCAGAGUUAUAUACUUGAAACUACCGUCGUUGACAUUAAGGAAGGAUGGAUGGAAACCGAAUCGCGGAACAUGGAAUGGACGGGUAUUCUGAGUGUUGUUGAGAAACAACUCUACACGCGGCAACCAAUUGAGGGUUCGCUCGAAAGCCUACAGGGGCUUUCACUAGAUGCUCAGAGAAACGAACAGACCCAGGUGAAAACCACGGUCACCUUCCGCUCUCGACUGGGACAAGGAAAGUUUCUUGGAAAAAAGAAGACCAUCCCUACUGCCGAUCAGACCAUUGAGUUUGAUGAAGAGACGCCUAAGAAGGGCUUCUUCUCGUCGCUUUCCACUGCUGGAAUUCAGAGAACCAUUGAGCUCAUUGGCGUGAGCCGAACCCGAGAUGCAGUGCUCAAAAGUAAGGAAGGCAUGAAUGUCGUCCUGGAGCGGCUGCGGAAUGGUGGCAUAGUCGGUGUCCUUGAGGGGAUGCGGCAGGAUCGGGAAGCAGCUUUCGGACCCGAUGGUCCGUGGAAGCGUGUCUGGCUUAGAGGGAAUGGCCUCAAAGAUCGAGCCUUUACGGAUGAUGACGACAACUGA